CAGGGACCAUACCCACCAGGUGCCUCUUGAAAUGGCUUCUCUCUGUCUCUGUCGCUUGUAGGGCCAGCUUCUACUAGCUCCCUGCCCUUCUCCCUCAGGGGCCACUGUCCCUACCCUUGGCAGCCUAUGAUUACAUCUGUGUCCCUCUCAUGGUCACUCGUGUGGUAUCUUACUCUACCCCACAAGCAUCACAAGCAGCGGCUUCCCCUGUGGUGCCCCAGUGCCAGCCUGCACUGUGUGCUUGUGUGUCCUCUGAGACACGAGUCCCCAACUGGGACAUGAGCCCUUACUCCAACCCCAGUGCCCCUCCAAGUCUCCUGUGCAGUUGUAGGCACAUCACUGCCCACAGAUUUUGCCAGGCCAACCCUGCUCUGCAGUGGGCAGCAUCAGUGAAAGGAGCCCCCUUCCUGUGAGCUGUGGGGAUGGGGGAGUACCAACCUCUGGAGCCAGAGCACCUUGGGAUGGGGAUUCACCACCCCAGCCUUGGCCCAAAGGGACUCAGGGCAGAUGAGAGGCCAAAGGUAUCCUUGUGCCCUGGCUCAUGGACCCUCUGCAGCCAUCCCCCUCCCCCUGCACCUCCCGGCCCUCCAGCCCUAAGACGCCACCUUGUGAAAUGCUUGGUCUGGUGGGCAUUGAGGCUGUGCUGGACCAGCUGAAGAUCAAGGCCAUGAAGAUGGGGUUUGAGUUCAACAUAAUGGUGGUGGGGCAAAGCGGGCUGGGCAAGUCCACCAUGGUGAACACACUAUUCAGGUCCAAAAUAUGGAAAACUUCCCUGCCAGGCCUAGGGGUAACUACACCCCAGACACUGCAGCUACAUUCAGUGACUCAUGUCAUCGAGGAGAAGGGUGUGAAGCUGAAGCUGACGGUGAUUGACACGCCUGGCUUUGGGGACCAGAUCAACAAUGAUAAGUGCUGGGACCCAAUCCUGAGCUACAUCAACGCGCAGUAUGAGCGGUACCUGCAGGAGGAGCUGCUCAUCACCCGCCAGCGCCACAUCCCGGACACGCGUGUACACUGCUGCAUCUACUUCGUGCCACCCACUGGGCACUGCCUGCGGCCCCUGGACGUGGAGUUCCUGCAGCGGCUGUGCCGGACGGUGAAUGUUGUGCCUGUGAUCGCCCGGGCUGACAGCCUGACCAUUGAUGAGCGAGAAGCCUUCAGGAGCAGGAUCCAACAGAACCUGAAGAGUCACUGCAUUGACGUGUACCCUCAGAAGUGCUUUGAUGAGGACAUCAAUGAUAGGAUCCUCAACAGCAAGAUCCGGGACCGAAUCCCCUUUGCUGUGGUUGGAGCUGACCGAGAACAUCUGGUAAACGGGAAGUGUGUCCUGGGCAGGAAGACCAAGUGGGGCAUCAUUGAAGUGGAGAACAUGGCGCACUGCGAGUUUCCUCUGCUGAGAGAUCUGCUCAUCCGCUCCCACCUCCAAGACCUGAAGGACAUCACCCACAACGUCCACUAUGAGAAUUACCGUGUCAUCAGACUCAAUGAGAGCCAUCUGCUGCCCCGUGGGCCCGGCUGGGUGAACCUGGCCCCAGCCUCUGUGGGCCAGCUAUCCAGUCCCGGGCCCUCGAAGGUCUGCAGAACAGCCCGGCACAAUUCAGAUGAUGAAUUCUGAGCUCCCCUAGCACAUGCCUGCAGGCCACAGCAUCCAACAAAAGUGAAUAUUACUUUUUAUGAGACACUGGGCUUGAAACAAAAGUGCUUUGUAGAUGAUUUCUCUGCUACCCUCUAAUAAAAGUGUGGUUCCUUUUCAA